AUGUUUAAGCAAUAUUUGACCAAUGGGGAGCUGGAAGAGGCUUUGCAAGAAUUGAUGAGUGAAACGACAAGACAUAAAGCAAUCACUGGGUCGCUUGAAGUCUUCUUGAAGCUCAAAUUCACGGGUGCCUUUUAUUUGUAUUCGUACACCGUUGAUGUGCAAGCGAAAUACUGGUUUUGUGUCAAGGACUUUUUGCAGAGAGUCGACAUUUACAUUGAUGUGGAUGGGGAGUUUUUCAGCGAAGAAUUUCACUUUGCCUUUGGGAAGGUGCUCUGUGAGUGUCCAGGGUUAAAAGAUCUUUCCGAAAACGCCACUGGUUGUUUGAUCGUCGAGGAGGCGGCUCUAGAAGAAGUCCAAGCUAUGCUCGAAAUGUGUCAAGUGGAGUUCAGCGGAUGCACGGAGUUUCUCGUUUGUCAGCCCAAUCGGGAAAUAGAGAGACACGAAGUGCCACAAGGCUUCACCCUGAGCCGGCUACGGGACGAGGACGCGGAAUUUGUGGCCGCUUCGUGGGCAUACAGUGCCGAAAAUGAGGCAGCGGCUUUGAGACACCGUUUUUCAAACCUCCCCAACUGGGCUCUCAUCGAUGAAUCCACCAAUCUGCCGGCCUCAUUCGUUUUUCUCGAACACAACGGAAUGGUGGCUCAUUUGUACACCGUCGAGCAGUAUCGAGGACGCAAAUUUCGAGAUAUCGUCUUCCGGGAAUUGCUCUCCGAAUGCGAAUCCCAUUUCAACUUGAUCCCGUGGUAUGGGAUCUCUCCCAAAAACGAGGCAAUGCUCUCGUGGACACCCGAAUCGGACAAGCUCCGCGACGCACAAGGAAAUCACAUGAAAAUAUCGGUUGCUUUUAUGAAAAUCGCCAAUUUCCAACUGCCCGAUGGCAUUUUGGAGGACAUGCAAGAUCUCGAAAAUUAU